GCAGAUCAUCUUGGGUUUUUUUCGUCCUUCAUUCCUCCCUCCUCCACCCACCUUUCUUAAUUUAUCCUUUGUGAACGGAAUUUAGUCAAUCGAAUUCGACAAAAUGAGAGAAGUCAUCAGUUUGAACGUCGGUCAGGCUGGUUGCCAGAUCGCCAACUCUUGCUGGGAGCUCUACUGCUUGGAGCACGGCAUUCAGCCCGAUGGUUACUUGACCGAGGAGCGCAAGAAGGCUGACCCCGACCACGGAUUCAGCACUUUCUUCUCCGAAACUGGCCAGGGCAAAUAUGUUCCCCGUACCAUCUACUGUGAUCUCGAGCCCAAUGUGGUCGAUGAGGUCCGCACCGGCACCUACCGUAGCCUUUUCCACCCCGAGAACAUGAUCACCGGCAAGGAGGACGCCUCUAACAACUAUGCUCGUGGUCACUACACCGUUGGAAAGGAGAUGAUUGACCAGGUCCUCGACAAGGUCCGCCGAGUCGCCGACAACUGCGCUGGUCUCCAGGGUUUCCUGGUCUUCCACUCUUUCGGUGGUGGUACCGGUUCCGGUUUCGGUGCUCUGCUGAUGGAGCGUCUCUCUGUGGACUAUGGCAAGAAGUCGAAGCUGGAAUUCUGCGUCUACCCUGCUCCCCAGAACGCCACCUCCGUUGUUGAGCCCUACAACUCCAUCCUGACCACUCACACCACCCUGGAGCACUCCGACUGCAGCUUCAUGGUCGACAACGAGGCCAUCUACGACAUUUGCCGCCGCAACCUCGGCAUUGAGCGCCCCAGCUACGAGAACCUGAACCGCCUGAUCGCUCAGGUUGUUUCUUCCAUCACCGCCUCCCUGCGUUUCGAUGGUUCCCUCAACGUCGAUCUGAACGAGUUCCAGACCAACCUGGUCCCCUACCCCCGUAUCCACUUCCCCCUGGUCGCCUACGCUCCCGUCGUCUCUGCUGCCAAGGCUUCCCACGAGGCCAACUCUGUCAACGAGAUCACCUCUGCUUGCUUUGAGCCCAACAACCAGAUGGUCAAGUGUGACCCCCGCAACGGCAAGUACAUGGCCACCUGCCUGCUCUACCGUGGUGAUGUCGUGCCCAAGGAGACCCACGCCGCUGUUGCUACCCUCAAGACCAAGCGCACCAUCCAGUUCGUUGACUGGUGCCCUACUGGUUUCAAGAUUGGUAUCUGCUACCAGCCCCCUCAGCAGGUGCCCGGUGGUGACCUCGCCAAGGUCGACCGUGCUGUCUGCAUGCUGUCCAACACCACUGCCAUCGCCGAGGCCUGGUCUGCUCUCGACCACAAGUUCGACCUCAUGUACUCCAAGCGUGCCUUCGUCCACUGGUACGUCGGUGAGGGUAUGGAGGAAGGUGAAUUCUCCGAGGCUCGUGAGGACCUGGCUGCCCUCGAGCGUGAUUACGAGGAGGUUGCCACCGACUCGAUGGAUGAGGAAGUCGAGGCCGAGUACUAGACGGACGUCAUCACUCGGCAGGAUUCCGAAGAAUGGCUGUAGAGUUUGGCCGUCCGAUUUGAUGCAGAGGCUGCUCCUGGUUGUUUCUGUGCUGUUGUAUUGGGGACAGGUGUUUGCCAAGGUGAUAUACCAUGGACCUGCGCGACUCAGGUUGCAUGCAAAUACAUAGGAGAAGAAGAUUGGCUUAGCUCACAGACUAUGUUUUUCUUUGUCUGAUAUAUUUUUAAUAUCCCGAAGCAGCGAUGAAAUUUUACCCGCUCGUUCAUGUAAACAGCACUUGGAAAUACGAGA